GGAGCCUUGCGCAGCAGCCAGCGGCCCGGAGGCGGCAGAGUCGCUCGGCCUGCGGAGACGCGGCAGCCCGGGCAGCAGGCGCCAUGGAGGGGACCCCCAUCCCGGUGCUGACGGUGCCCACGGCGCCCUACGAGGACCAGCGGCCGGCGGGCGGCGGGGGGCUGCGGCGGCCCACUGCGCUCUUUGAGGGGCAGCGCAACUACCUGCCCAACUUCAUCCAAAGCGUGCUGUCGUCCAUCGACCUGCGGGACCGCCAGGGCUGCACCAUGGUGGUGGGCAGCGACGGCAGGUACUUCAGCCGCACGGCCACCGAGAUCGUGGUGCAGAUGGCCGCGGCCAACGGGAUUGGGCGGCUGAUUAUAGGCCAGAACGGCAUCUUGUCGACCCCGGCUGUCUCCUGCAUCAUCAGAAAGAUCAAAGCAGCGGGAGGGAUCAUCCUGACAGCCAGCCACUGCCCCGGAGGGCCAGGAGGGGAGUUCGGAGUCAAGUUCAAUGUUGCUAAUGGAGGUCCUGCGCCCGAUGUGGUUUCAGACAAAAUCUAUCAGAUCAGCAAGACGAUUGAGGAAUACGCCAUCUGCCCGGACCUCCGGAUUGACCUGUCCAGACUGGGGCGCCAGGAGUUUGACCUGGAGAACAAAUUCAAACCGUUCAGAGUGGAGAUAGUGGACCCGGUGGACAUCUAUCUGAACCUGCUUCGGACCAUCUUUGACUUUGGUGCCAUCAAGAACUUGCUGACGGGGCCCAGCCAGCUGAAGAUCCGUGUGGAUGCGAUGCACGGAGUUAUGGGACCCUACGUGAGAAAAGUCCUGUGUGAUGAGCUCGGGGCCCCCGCCAAUUCUGCCAUCAACUGUGUGCCUCUGGAAGACUUUGGGGGGCAGCACCCUGACCCAAACCUGACAUACGCCACCACGCUUCUGGAAGCCAUGAAGGGAGGGGAAUAUGGAUUCGGAGCUGCCUUUGACGCUGACGGGGACCGGUACAUGAUCCUCGGCCAGAACGGCUUCUUUGUGAGUCCUUCUGACUCCCUGGCCAUCAUCGCCGCCAACCUCGCCUGCAUUCCCUAUUUCCGUCAGCUGGGCGUCCGUGGCUUCGGCCGGAGCAUGCCGACCAGCACCGCCCUGGACAGGGUGGCCAAGGCGAUGAAGGUCCCUGUGUACGAGACUCCCGCUGGGUGGAGAUUCUUCACGAAUCUGAUGGACUCAGGGCGCUGCUCUCUGUGUGGAGAGGAGAGCUUUGGCACGGGCUCUGACCACCUCCGAGAGAAGGAUGGUCUCUGGGCUGUCCUGGUCUGGCUGUCCAUCCUCGCUGCCCGCAAGCAGAGCGUGGAGGAGAUUGUCCGAGAUCACUGGGCCAAGUUUGGACGCCACUAUUACUGCAGGUUUGACUAUGAAGGGCUGGAACCGAAGAUGACGUAUUACAUCAUGAGGGAUCUGGAGGCCCUGGUCACGGACAAGUCCUUCAUCGGCCAGCAGUUCGCGGUGGGGAGCCACGUCUACAGCGUGGCCAAGACAGAUAGCUUUGAAUACGUGGACCCUGUAGAUGGCACCGUGACCAAGAAGCAGGGCCUGCGAAUCAUCUUCUCGGACGCAUCACGGCUCAUCUUCCGGCUCAGUUCGUCCAGCGGUGUGCGGGCCACCAUCCGGCUGUACGCGGAGAGCUAUGAGCGGGACGCCAGCAGCUAUGACCAGGAGCCACAGGCUGUGCUGAGUCCACUCAUAGCCAUCGCACUGAAGAUAUCCCAGAUCCACGAGCGAACCGGCCGGAGGGGACCCACGGUCAUCACCUGA